AUGGGCCACGUGAACAGCCAAACUAAUUUACCAUCUGAAAUGACGACAUCAAGUCAACCUGCAAAGGCACAAGGUGCUGAAGCCAGCCCAGAGAGGAGAAUGAAGUCGGGCUGCAGAAGGCACAGGAGUGCUAGAGCAGCAGCCGCUAGCAGCACGACCCCUGUUACCACUGGCGACAACGGCACCCAAUCAAACCAAGACUCCCGAAAUGCUCCACGAUCCCGAAGCAGCGAAUGUUACCAAGAAUCACCGUCCGCACGCAAUCGACGUUCUCAGAGUGAAGAAUGUGACCACCAUCCAUCAAAGAAACACAAAGCACGCUCUACGAGCAAUGAACGCCGUCAAAGAUCUAGAGAUCCACGAAAACAACGAUCUCAAUCUACCGGUCGUCAACAUGGACUUUUGGACUUGGCCUUCCAACGCGACCCGAUCGUUAAACGCAGCCAAAGCGUUCAACGCGAGCCAAACGUACAGCGUGACUUAAGCUUUGCGCGUGACCCAAGCGUGCAAUGUGUUUCGAGCUCUCAACGUGGCUCACGCGUGCAACUCGAUCCAAACGCUCUUCCUGAUUUUAGCAUCGAGCGUGACCUAAUAACCCAACACGAUCCAAGAGCUCAAUCUGUUUCGGCCACUCAAGUUAACCUAAAUCCGAAUAGUCCCCGUGAUCCAAAUACCCAACGUGUCCAAGUUGAUACGAGUACACAACAUGGCCAACAUGAACAACGUGAUGCAAGCGUACAUCUGGCUAUUCAAAAAGACGCUACUAUCCUCAAUGAUCAAUGUGGCAUAAUACACGAUUCUGGCACCAAAACUGGUCCUGAUGACCAGGUUGACCCCGGUAGCAUACAUGUUACUGGAAUCAAAAUUGAUCUUGGUAAAAAAAUCGAUCCUGACGAAAAAAUGGAUCAUGCUGCAAAAAUUGAAAGAGGUGGAAAAGGCGACCCUGACGAAAAAAAUGACCCAGAAGAAAAUCUAGAUCCUGAAACCCAAGUCGGGCAAAAUGAUGCAAUAGACCCUGGUGACCAAGAUAAGCCUGUUAGUUUUGGCUUGACUGAUCCGUGCGUUCAAAUCUGCUUAAGUGCCCCAAUCGGUCCUGGUGACAAACUUGAGCCGGGCUGUGAAAUAAGCACUGUGGAACUAAUAAAUCCAGAUGAUGAAAUCAGUCCUAGCAAACAAAUUGGCUUAGAUAACCCAGUGGAUCCGGGUGGCCGAGUUGCUCAAGGCGCUCAAUUCAGGCGGGGCGACCAAAUCGGCUUAAGCGGUCAAAUCCAGGUUGAUUCAGGUGAUUCGAGCGAUUUAAGUGACCAGAGCAUUUCUAGCGACCUAAGUGGCCAACGUUCACACAGCGACACUGAACCUUUCAAGAACAUUGAACGUUAUUCAAUGGAUGUAUCCUCAAACCAGGAUAAAUCAGGUGAUAUAGGAGAAAAUGAUUCUACUCCUGCAAGUUCACAAGGGAAAAAACGUGAAAAAGGCAAAAAAUCUGACAAGAACAAAAAGUCCGACAAAGGCAAAAAAUCUGAAAAAGCUAAGAAGUCUGAAAAAGAAAAGAAAUCUGAAAAAACCAAGAAAGCUGACAAAGGCAAAAAGAAUGCUAGCGAAUCAAAAGGUAAAAAAACCCCGGAAAAACAGCGGAGCGAGGACGAGGAAUAC